GGCAGAGGUAGCCCCAGGACUGCACGUUCCUGUGUUCUCCAUUAUGAUUCGAAUUUACAAGGUAGACUUUGACUUAAGGACUCUCGAAUCCAUGAAUAAAAAUAAAAUUAACUUGUACCUAAAGUUAAUAUAAAUGUUAUAUUCAACACUACAGGGAUGGCCAUAGAAAUAAACUAGAGGUUUUGCAAGGAAGAGAGGGCAUUGAUGAAGAAGAAGAAGAAGAACAAUGAGAAAUCUGUCUACACUUUCAGGUUUGCCUCAGGGCUUCAUAGACAUUUCCUGAGGACACCUUGGCAACCACUAAAUAAGAGAAAUGCAAAUACUGUUUUGGUAGUCUUCUUUUUGCUCCUUUUUCUUGGCGCCUUGAUUGUUGUGGGUUGCUUUGACACUUACGCAAUGUUUGGGAGUCUUUUUUCUCAAAAAUCAUUCCCAGAGAAACAAGAAUUCCCACUUAAAUGUACUACAGGAAACCUUACACGGCAAACCUGUACAAAAGACUACCCAAGAAAACACAAUCCCGCCGCAAAUACAUCAAACGCUAGCUGCCCAUCAUACUUCCGAUGGAUCCAUGAAGAUCUACGGCCCUGGAGAGACACUGGAAUCACGAGGGAAAUGAUCGAACGGGCACGGAGGACAGCACAUUUUAGGCUUGUGAUUGUGGACGGAAAGGCAUACGUGGACAAGUAUAAGCAGUCGAUUCAGACCAGAGAUGCAUUUACUUUGUGGGGUAUAUUGCAGCUUAUGAGGUGGUAUCCUGGAAGAUUACCUGACUUAGAACUCAUGUUUGAUUGUGAUGAUAGGCCUGUAGUCCGGUCAAAGGACUUUCAGGGUCCAAAUUCCACCGGCCCACCACCUUUGUUUCGCUACUGUGCCGAUGGGCAGAGUUUGGAUAUUGUGUUCCCUGACUGGUCAUUUUGGGGCUGGGCUGAGACCAAUAUUAGGCCUUGGAAAAAUGUGUUGAAGGACAUAAAAGAAGGUAACAAGAGAACCAAAUGGAAGGAUAGGACACCUUACGCUUAUUGGAAAGGGAACCCAAACGUUGCUCCAACCAGAAAAGACCUUCUCAAAUGCAAUGUCUCGCACCAAAAUGACUGGAAUACUCGUCUAUAUAUUCAGGACUGGAAUCGUGAAUCUAAACAAGGGUAUAAACAAUCAAAUCUACAAGAUCAAUGCACCCACAGAUAUAAGAUCUAUAUAGAGGGAUGGGCCUGGUCUGUGAGCGAGAAAUACAUUCUAGCAUGUGAUUCCAUGACCUUGUACGUAAAGCCUCGCUACCAUGAUUUCUUCAUAAGAGGUAUGCUCCCAUUGCAGCACUACUGGCCUAUCAGGGACAAUUCCAAGUGCACCUCUCUCAAAUUUGCAGUAGAAUGGGGCAACAAUCACACUCAAGAGGUACAAGCAAUAGGAGAGGCUGCCAGCAACUUCAUACAAGAGGAUAUGAAGAUGGAUUAUAUAUAUGAUUACAUGUUUCAUCUGCUAAACGAAUAUGCAAAACUCUUGAAAUACAAACCAACAAUACCAGCAGAAGCAGUGGAGGUAUGUUCAGAAACAAUGGGCUGCCCAGCAAAUGGCACCUACAGGAAGUUCAUGUUGGAGUCUAUGGUGAUGUCUCCUAGCGAUAAAAAUCCAUGCACAUUGCCUCCUCCCUAUGAUCUCCGACAUUUUCUGGAUAGAAAAGCUAAAUCCAUUAAACAAGUGGAAAUGUGGGAAAAUGAGUAUUGGCACAACCUGAACAGGAAUUAGGCAGCAAUAAUAGAUUGUACCGAUAUAAUUUGAAAUUUUGAAUUCGAGUUUGAUGGAAAUUAAAUGAAAAAUAAAAAACUAAAAGUUAAUUAUUUUUA